AGCGCAUGCGCAAUUGUUCAUUUUCUGGACUUAGUCUUCAACGCAGUGCCGAGUGCCGUUGUGCUGUUGAGCCUUUGUCGCCAUAGUUGAAGUGAUCUUGGGGCCGAUGAUGUUAGAGAUGAAUUCGCUUGAAGGCAGCUCGGCGGCGGGGCUAAAGUCACCAAGCGGAAGCCACGGGGAUUGCGGCAGCGUCUCUCAUGGCUUGACAAAUGGUGUGAAUGGGGUAGUGGUCAACAGCAGCAGCAGCAGCAGUAGUCACCACAAGUCAUCUUCUGACAAGCAUAACCACAGUAGUAGUAGCAGCAGCAAGCACCAUAAAAGCAGCAAAGAACAUAGAGAUGACCAUCACAAGCACAAAGACAAGCACAAGGAUAAGCACAAGGAUAAGGACAGGGAAAAGGACAGAGAAAAGGAAAGGGAAAAGGAAAAAUCUGGGGCCAGUGGCAGUGCCUCUGCAAAGCACAAAGAGAGCCAUCAUUUGUCGUCAUCCUCCAAAGGACAUUCCAGCGGCAAAGAACACAAGUCAUCCUCCUCUUCAUCCAAACCCAAAGAUGGUCUUUCUUCAUCAUCGUCUGUUCAUAAGAGUACAGAGGUCAAGAAGGAGUCCUCUGCUAGCAAGGAAAGUAAAGCAUCGUCAGAGUCCAAGCACAAGGAAAGUAGCAGCAAAGACAAGGAUAGGCAUAAGGACAAGCAUAAAGAACAUAAGGACAAGGACAAGCACAGGGACAAAGAGCGUGAAAAGCAUAAGAGCUCAACGGAGAAGCAUCGGGACAGCACAUCUCCAGUGAAGAUCAAGCAGGAAGUGGUCAUCCCAAAAAAGCCUAGUGCAGAAAGCAUGUCCCCACCUCCCGUAAAGGUGAAGACAGAAGUGUCAUCGCCACCCCACCCUCCUGCUCCACGGAUGACCCUUGAGACCGAGACUGUGGACAUCAGUGAGAUCAAGGGCGAGGUGCUCAGCGAUGAUGAUAUGCCGCUGUCUGCACGUAAGCCACAGCAAAGGCUCUCUGAUACGUCGCCUGUCAAAGUCAAGCGUGCUUUGGAGUCUGAUUCUGAAGAAGACGAACCCCUCUCUAUCAGGUCACAGAAAGCUGCAAAGAAGAGCAAGUCGGAGGAAAAGACAAAGAAGAAGCGGAAAGCUGAAGACAGCGAUUAUGAAGACGAUAUAAAGCUUGCCAAGAAAGCUGCAGCUCCUAAGCCUAAGAAGGUGAAAACUGAAGUUAAAGCUGAGCCAAGAACAGAGGAGGGCAGCCCUAAGAAAAAAGGCAAAGCCAAGAAGGAAGAAGAAGUGGAAGUAUGGAAAUGGUGGGAAGAGGAGAAGCAGAAUGAUGGAAAGAAAUGGCACACUCUAGAACACAGGGGCCCAGUGUUUGCACCACCAUAUGAGCCUCUGCCAGACAAUGUGCGCUUCUACUAUGAUGGUGUACCAGUCAAGCUAAGCUCAGAGGCUGAGGAAGUAGCUGGCUUUUAUGGUAGAAUGCUUGACCAUGAGUACACAUCCAAGGAUGCUUUCAACAAGAAUUUCUUCCAUGACUGGCGGAAGUGCAUGACUUCUAAGGAGGCGGAGCUCAUCAAAGACCUCAAGAAGUGCAAUUUCAAGGAAAUUGAUGCUUACUAUAAGCAGAAGUCAGAAGAACGCAAGGCUAUGACCAAGGAGGAGAAACAGGCAAUCAAACAGCAGAAUGAAAAAUUGGUGGAAGAGUAUGGGUUCUGCAUCAUUGACGGUCACAAGCAGAAGAUUGGCAACUUCAAAAUUGAACCGCCCGGUUUGUUUCGUGGUCGUGGAGAGCAUCCAAAAAUGGGCAUGCUUAAACGUCGCAUCAUGCCGGAAGAUGUGAUCAUUAACAUUGGAAAGGAGGCGAACGUUCCGGACCCACCACCAGGGCAUAAGUGGAAGGAAGUGCGGCACGACAACAAUGUGUCAUGGCUGUCGUCAUGGACUGAGAAUAUUCUAGGGCAAACUAAGUACAUUAUGCUGAACCCUAGCUCCAAGCUGAAGGGGGAAAAGGACAUGCAGAAGUAUGAAAUGGCCCGCAAGCUGAAAUCUUGUGUGGACAAAAUUAGGCAAAAUUACAUGAGUGACUGGAAGUCCAAAGAGAUGCGCAUCCGGCAGCGUUCUGUUGCACUCUACUUCAUUGAUAAGCUUGCUUUGAGAGCUGGCAAUGAAAAGGAAGAAGGCGAGACUGCUGACACUGUGGGUUGUUGCUCCUUGCGUGUUGAGCACAUCACACUGCAUGAUGAGAAAGAUGGCAAGGAGUUUGUGGUGGAGUUUGACUUCCUUGGAAAGGACUCAAUUCGAUAUGUGAAUGCAGUUCCCGUGGAAAAGAGAGUUUUCAAAAAUUUAAAGCUCUUCAUGGAGAACAAAAAGCCUCAAGAUGACCUUUUUGAUCGGCUCAAUACAAGUAUUCUCAACAAGCAUCUCAAUGAGCUUAUGGAAGGCUUGACUGCCAAAGUCUUCCGUACCUACAACGCUUCUAAGACACUGCAGGAACAGUUGGAGCUCCUAACGGAAGCUGACAUGUCUCUGCCUGAAAAGAUGCUGGCUUAUAAUCGAGCAAACAGGGCUGUAGCCAUCCUCUGCAACCAUCAGCGAGCUGUUCCCAAGACAUUUGGGAAACAAAUGGAAAACCUCCAAAAGAAGAUGGAGGAAAAGGAAGAACAGAUCCGACAAUGCAAAAUGGAAGUCAAGCAGCUCAAAUCUGACUACCAUAACUCCCGGUCAGAGAAGGACAAACAGCUGUUGGAACGCAAAAAGAAGCGCAUGCAGCAGCUGGAAGACCAAAUGAAGAAGCUAGAGGUGCAAGCUAUGGAUAAAGAAGAGAACAAGCAGAUUGCCCUGGGCACCUCCAAGCUCAACUAUCUUGACCCGAGGAUCAGUGUUGCCUGGUGCAAGAAGUGGAAUGUCCCUAUUGACAAGAUCUACAACAAGACCCAGCGGGACAAGUUCCGUUGGGCCAUAGAAAUGGCAGGUCCCGAUUACAAGUUUUGAGCAGAGGCCUGCCUAGUAGCUGCUACCAAGUUGACCCCAUUGGGACUGAAGUGAUGAGUUGCUCCUCCCCUUCUGCCCUCCUAGCCCCACGUGCUGGCCAAGCCAGCCUUUGGGCUUCCCCACAGUUCCCAUAACUGAAGCACCAUCAGGGGGAAGGGUAGAGGGGGCAGAGCCCUUUUCCCCACCAGAAACCCCUCCACUGUUCCCGCCAGCCAUCUUCUCACUUUCCCAUAGCUGUGGAAAGGGAAACUGCACCAUAGCCAGAUUCUCUCAUUUCAGGUCUGUCUGUUUGCUCAACCUGAUGCUGUUUGCUUUGACCUCGCUUUUUUUAUUUUUUCUUCCUUUUUCUUUCUUUCCUUUUUUCACCACCAGCUACAUGUGAACAUCGCUUUUUUCUUCUUCCUCUUGCUUGUUGUGUCAGUGUUAUCAGGGGAUUUGAGUGGACUGAAGAAGUGUAUUUGCUGGGAGCACUGCUGUUUUAUGUUUUGCUUUUAAGCUAAGAAAAACUUUUAUUUAUGGUUGCACACCUUUGAGUGCAUCUGCAUGUAUACAUAAAUGCAAUUGUGACUUCCUCCUUUGUUGUCUGUUGCUGUGACCGGGGGCUAACAAAACUUUUUUUUUUUUUUUGAAAGAGGGGUAAGGAUCAUGUCCAAAGUAUACAUUGUCAGUGUUAUGUUGUGUGUUUUGUGUGUGUGCGUGUGUGAGCUUCUCGGAUAUUUUUCUCAUCUGGCCUCGUUUAGGCAGCCCCUCAGUGAAUGCCAUCGCAGAUUCUUCCCUGGUGAUGCAUAAAUGAGCUUUUAUGGUAAUAAAGCAUGCUUUCCGCAUGAAUCUUAACAUAAUUGACCACUGUAAACAGUUAUGACCAAGACAGCUUUGUAAGAAACUGGCAUGGCACUUUUGUGUGUGCUUCAAAUUAUGAUGUUGAAUAUAGGGAGCAAAGUGGAGUAUCUAAGCAUAGUGAUGUAGUUAAAGAUGCAGCCUGCAUUGUAUGAUGAUCGCAAAACAGAAGUAAUGUACCUUGAUCCACGUGGCAUCUGCAGAAUAUGAAUUAGAGUAAAUGAGUUUUCAUUGUACUAUUUUAUGUUCGUUCUAGCAAUAUGGGUGCACUAGAUUUUAGGUACCAGUGUCAUCACUAUCGGGAAGUGAAACUUCUAUGCCGAA